GAGGGAGGGAGGGAGCCUGGCCGGCCGCAGCGCGACGACGACGAGGAGGAUGGCGCACGGGGGACCCGCACGAGGCCCGCCCGCCCCGCGGCUCCGGCUCCUGCUGCUGCUGCUCGUCGGGGGCUUGCAACUGUUCCAGGCUGUUCUGAGUACAACUGUGAUCCCCUUGUGCGCCUCAAAUGACACGGACACCUGCACGACUGCUCUGGUCCAAACAGGCACUAGUCAACGUGUAGCUCAAGUUGGGAUCACACGAUGCAGAUCCGAAAUGCAAAACUUCUGCUUCAAUGGGCGCUGCAUGUACCUUGUGGAAUUGGAUCAGCAUUACUGCAGGUGUGACAUGGGCUACUCCGGUGUCCGGUGUGGUGUUUCAAACUUAGACCUUGUCAAACGGCCCUUGAGCAAGGAGUACAUAGUACUUGCAGUCCUGCUGAGUCUGUUUUUUUCCACUGCAGCUUCAGUUGCAAUCUACUACUUCUACAGAUGGUACCAGGAAAAAAAUGGAAGAUUUCCCGCAAACAGAAACUACGAAGAAGUUGCAAGAGAGACUGAAAAAGACGGAAAGCUGCUUCACGUGUGAACGGAAGGAUUCCUGAAAGCCACUUAUUUAAUAUUAAAUACUUAUUUUAUUAAUACUAUUUAUAUUCUAAACAAAGCAAUUUCAACGUGAUACUGAUCAGAAUAUACA